CGAGGAUCCGGAGGAGUAGGGGAUUUUUCCGAGGUUGGGUGGUGUGUACCUAUUCGGCCAAGUUCACUACCUAGGUACUUAGGUACCUGCACUUCCGCCCCGCACGGGCCAUCGGACUGCCCCACCCCCUAGGCAGCCUCCGAUAGGAUGAUAUCGAUCCAGGUGAGACCUCAUUUUGGAAUGUCAAGAACAUGACAAUACAUCACACAUACGCCUCAUCUUGUAGCUAUUACUCCCGGUAUUUGUAUCGAACGCUGGGUCUUUGAGCGUUCAUCAUUGUAUGAAGGGACCGCCCACUGCCUUUUUUUUUUUAAAGAGCACGGGAGAAGAAAACGUAACCAAAGACAUCACACAUACACACCACUAUUCGAGCGCUACCGUGCUCUGCACGAACUAAAAAUUGUGAAUAGCCUCAUCGUGUAGUGUGGACUCAAUCGACCCUGCAUACACACUAUUCGUACUGGACCAUUGGUGACCCCAGUAUCUGAAAAUAUGGUUUAGGUUGGGACUUAUACUUUCGUACCCAUCACCAAAUAACCCCCCCCCCCCCGCCGUUCGGAAACUGCAGUUGGCUAAGAGGCAGAUGCAUGGGAUACUAGCGGUGCCCGAAGGGCAGAAGGCGAUUGUCGUAGACGAGACAGGGAACCUCGCCAUCUCGCACAAUGUGCCAAUACCGCAAAUUGAGCCUGAUAUGCUACUCAUCCGCACGGAAGCAGUGGCUCUCAACCCGGUGGAUGUCAAAUUUUCGGGCUCCAUGGCCAGCCCGGGGACGGUUGCCGGUUGUGAUUUCGCUGGGACGGUAAUUGCAAUUGGCACCGGAGUUACGAAAUUCUCGAUAGGGGACCGAGCAGCUGCAGUUGUGCCAGGAUCCAAUCCGACAGCGCCGCAAGUAGGGGCCUUUUCCGAGUUCUCUGUAGCUUAUGAGGACUUUGCAUGGAAGCUCCGUGAUGAUAUGGCGUUCGAGAAAGCUGCCACGCUGGGCACAAGCGUUACGGUCGCUGGGUACGCGCUCUUCUACUCCCUAGAAAUCCCAGGUCACCCGGAAAAGCCGGUAGAGACUUCACCGAUGCCAUACGUCCUCGUGUACGGAGGCAGUACCGCGUCCGGGACUAUGGCAAUCCAACUGGUGCGCAAAUCGGGAAUGAUACCCAUCACAACAUGCUCCCCGAGGAACUUUGCCCUCGUCCAAGAAUACGGUGCUGAGAAAGUAUUUGAUUAUCACGAUCCGACGAGUCCCGGGGAAAUACGGAGUUACACAAAAAACGCCCUGUACUACGCGCUGGACUGUUUCUGUGAUGCUGCAAGCAUGGCGUUUUGCUACGCGGCCAUCGGCCGCGCCGGCGGCAAGUAUACCACACUCGAGCCGUUCCAUCCUGAAAUUGGCGACACGCGCAGGGCGAUUACACCACAGUGGGUCAUCAAUUCAGCGAUCCUCGGGAAAGCAGUAGGUUGGAAAGAGCCGUACGGCGUGCAGCCCGAUCCGCAUAUACACGAUUUUGGAAAGGAAUGGUCCCGGUGUGUGCAGCGGAUGCUCGAUGCGCGCGAGAUUGCAACCCAUCCGAUCAGGGUUCACGAGCAGGCUGGUUUGGAAGGCAUACUGGAAGGGGUUGACCUGGUUAAGGGGCACGCCAUAUCUGGGGAGAAACUGGUAUAUAAGACAGCCAAGGCCUGACCUAAACCAAACCCAGAGUAAAAUACUAUAGGGUGUGAGGUUGACUUAAAGCAUGCAGUGCCGCCUCUCUAGUGACAUGCCGAGGUCUUCCGUAAUGAGCUACCGAAUCGGACUCCUGGCCAGAAGCCAGGAUUUCUUUGGAAAUUUCAUGAUCUCUGUGUAGGCCGGGCCAUGGUGAGUUUUCGCGCCAACAAGCCCUCCUUCAGCUAGACCUGAAUAGCCAGUGCUGCCAACGCCUUCGCCAAAGGGAUACUCGAAACCAAUAUUCAAGUGCUUGACCUCAAAUUUCCAAGUCUUGCCCCCUGCAGGAGAGUGUAAAGUGAGUCUAAACCCAGUGGCCUUGUCUGCAAGCUGUUCCGUGGUGAUGCCAUCAGCUCCGUACAACUUCCGCACCUGCAUCCAGUCCUCAUUUUCGUGUGGUGCCGCUCUCCUUGUGCUGAAAAUGACCUUUCCAUCCUCUGCCAUUAUCACAGAUGGAACGAUGGUAUCAUGCUCACGAUUCGAACCAAACUCGACGAGCGACAGUGCGUACGGCCCAGUAUGCAGCCGGACCGCUGUCAUGCUGGCGACACAGGUAUACCAGCUAUACGCGCCCCAAAGACGCUCGUGGCCACCCAUGCCUAUCCAGGACACAGCUUCGCCAGCGACGACUCCGUCGAUGCGGGCGUCCGCCACGGGGACCGGCUCAACCCAGUGGAAGAACGGGACAGGCUCAGUGUCGCCGUUUGAGGAAGGCCAGAUCUCGUUGUUUGCAUAUCGUGGUGGCGCAAGCGAGUUCAUGCUGAUUGCGGCUUUCUCCUCUGGCCCAUCCAUAGAAAUCCGGGUUUGCGACAUGUCGUCGGAAACUUCGAAACUGUAUGUCCAGUCAUGGCCUCGCCACACCCCACGGGUCCCACGACCAGCACACGUCUCAAUCGUCGAGGACUCGGCAUAGUGGACGACGGCGUGUCUCGUCCCGUUUGGAAAGGCGUAUUCGAAAUAGAACCGCAGGUUACCGGUCCCCAUGAAGGCAAAACUUGUGUCACGGUAGAAGCCAAUCAUAAAAGCCUGUCUUCCGUCUUCCGAUAUGCCAUCGAAUUCCCACUGUUCUCCGGUGGUUGUGUUCAAAGGCUCAACGCUAGGCUUUUCGAAGUGAUCUAGCGGGUUUGUUGAGAGAAAUAUUGGUGCGCCUCUCCUCGCCUCAUCGUAUCUUGACAUGUGACUGAUUGUGCAGUUUUCGGAUUCCAAGGGGAUCUGCUCAGAGGCCCAUGCAUCUGGAAACCUGAUAUCACCUGCAACAGCGGCUGCUACCAGCCCGGACAGGCCGAGCAGCAUCUUCUGUUGUCGGGACCUCAUGGCAAGUAGAUCGUUGCUUUCAGGUACAAAGAUGUCGACGUGCGUACUUCGUGCCUCAUCGUUAUGAUCUCAGUGUUG